AUGGAUGAUCGAAGAUUUUUGAUAUCCUUAAUUAGUGGAGGAUGUGCUGGAACAUCAACAGACUUGGUGUUCUUCCCAAUUGAUACAAUAAAGACUAGAUUACAAGCCAAAGGGGGCUUCUUUGCUAACGGUGGUUGGAAAGGUAUUUAUAGAGGUUUGGGCUCAUGCGUAGUCGCAUCUGCACCGUCUGCAUCGUUAUUUUUUAUCACUUACGACUCACUUAAAGCAUACACCAAAGACUUUUUCCCGCUGCCUUCAAUCAGUCAUAUGUUUUCUGCAUCUUGUGGUGAAAUUAUGGCAUGCUUAGUGAGAGUGCCAGCUGAAGUUAUAAAGCAACGAACCCAGGCUGGUGUUUUGGGAGCUAAUUCGAAAUCAACUUCAAUUUCAAAUUUUCUUUAUCUUAUACAAAAUAAAGGUGAGGAAGGAGUCCUAAGAGGCCUUUAUAGGGGUUGGAAUACUACUAUUAUGAGAGAGAUUCCCUUCACCAUGAUACAAUUUCCUUUGUACGAAUGGUUGAAGAAGAGAUGGAAGACUUCAGGGGAUGCCUCUUUGGUUGAAGGUGCUAUCUGUGGUUCGGUUGCCGGCUCCAUUGCCGCUGCAUGUACUACUCCCUUGGAUGUGGUGAAGACAAGAAUCAUGCUCAGCAAGGACAGAAUAGGUGUUAUCUCCUUGAUGAAGUCCAUGAUAAAAGAAGAAGGUUAUUCUGUAUUUCUUCAUGGAAUAGGUCCGAGAACUUGCUGGAUUGGUGCAGGAGGUGCAAUUUUCUUGGGAUGUUAUGAGUUACUUCAUUCUAGUUUAUCCUCUUACUAUCAUAUAGAAUCUUGA